GCCGUUUUGUCUUCCUCCUUCUCAUAACACUGAUUCCUUCCACUCCAAAAUCUCUCUCACUGUUCCAUUUAUUCUUCCUCUGGUGUUUGUUUUCGUUGAAUGUUUUUGUAAGAAUGAUUGCAAUACCCAAGCUUAGGAUAAAGUUUGGUCCUGAAGGUUCUGUCAGAACUUUCCAAACUUUUCCGGGUAGUGAGAAGAAAAUUGAGCAUUCGUUAGGUGAAGACUUGUCUCAUUCCGCUGAGCGUUCGAAGAAGCGUGGACCUACUAAUGAGAUUGAUGAUGUUCAAGCUAAGAAGAAGCAGAAGUUGGACAGUGAUUUGUCUAGUCAGUGUUUGGCAUUGUUGAGGGGUUUGAUGGAUCACCAGGUUGGAUGGGUUUUUGACAAGCCUGUGGAUCCUGUUCGUUUGAAGAUUCCUGAUUACUUCUCUGUCAUAUCGAAGCCAAUGGAUUUAGGCACAAUCAAAUCGAAGCUUUUGAAGAACGGGUAUGGUAACGCUGAUGAGUUUGCAGCAGAUGUUCGGUUAACUUUUGCCAAUGCGAUGGCGUAUAAUCCAACGGAUAAUUGGGUUCACAAGUCUGCAAAGGAAAUUAAGGAGGUAUUUGAGGUCAAGUGGGAAUCACUGAAGAAGAAAAAGGUUUCGAAAUUACCCCGGACUGGAGUUACAGAAGUUUCUAAGAGACAGCCAGUUGAAGUCGAUUGUCCAAUACAGAGCAGCCCUGGAACAUCAGCAUCCUCUGGGGUUUUCUCCGUGGGAUUGAAAAAACCAGCAAAAGGGAACUCCGAAAAGGGAUCUCUUUCAUCAAAGCCAGUGAAAGUGCAGAGCAAAAAGGAUACUCUUGCUGUAAUGCCAAAAGCAUUAGCAACGAAGUCGAGGACUAAGAAACUCGAUCAUGGCCUUGGAGACAAUUCAGCUCUGAAAAUCCCAGCCAAAGACUUAGUUCGAACUGCAGCCUGUAGAUGUGGUUUAUGUGGUAGGACUGUUUGCAUAUGCCUCAAGUCCUGUAGCUCAUCCGGAAGUGAAGCUUCUUCAUUAACGUAUUCUCAAGUAAAGAACACGUCAGGAUCACAGGCUAGUGAGUUAGAGCCUCAAUCCAAUGGGUCUGUGACUUCAAGGAAUGAGAGAAAUGGUGGUGUCAAUUCUCAGUUUGAUAAACCUUCAAACAGUGCUCUGUUGGAUAAUGAGUUGAAAACGGCAUUUCCUGCUCUGCCUCCAGUACCUCCUGAGAAGGCUCUUCGUGCUGCAAUAAUCAAAGCUCAAUAUGCAGAUACCAUUCUAAAAGCUAAACACAGAAAAGUCCUUGACCAGAAUAACAAAGCUGAUCUAAUUAGAAUACAGAUAGAAAAGGAACAGAUGGAAAGAGCACAACGUGAAGAGAAAGCUAGGAUUGAGGCCGAGAUGAGAGCUGCUAAGGUUGCUGCUCAAAUGAGGGCACAAGCGGAGUUGAAAGAAAAACGUGAUAGACAACGGCUUGAACUUGCAAAGAUGAAAAUAAGCUACGAUUUUGAACAUAACAACCCCUCGAAAUUGGAGAAAGAUUUUUUUGAAGUCUCUGGUUACUUUAGUCUGGCAAGAACUCGGUUGCUGUUUGAAGAAGAGUUGGGUCUUGUGUUAAAAAGUGAUGAUGAUCAUAUGGAACUGGAAGAGAUUGGGUCAGAGAUCUGUUAUGAGAGAAUGGACGAUCUUGAGGAAGGAGAGAUCCUUUAGAAUUUUGCCUCUAGACGAGACCCUCUUGGGUGUAAUUUUUGACCAGAACACGAAUGCUUGUGAUCUUAACUUUUUGUUAAAAUUAAAUGCUCGUGGCUAAUUAUUGAAUGUUCAUAACAUAAUGUAUAGUUUAGUGUUUUGUUCUCUUGUAAAUAGUACCACCGUCUGUUUCUCAUAUGAAAAAUUAGUAAAUUAAUUUA